UCAGCUUCUUGUGUUCUGAUGACCUUUUACAAAGUCCCAUCUUUAAUUUAUCAAGAACGAGCAAAAUCACAAAAGUAGUUCAGCAAUUCAAUGUGAUUAUAUAUAAAAUACCACCAGUAGACAAGAACCAAGUGGACUUUACAUCAAACCAAGAAAUGUUAAACGCUGUGACUGGAAUGCCGUAUUCUGAGAUACUUAAGAUGUCUGGCAUCAACUAUAUGCCAGAAGAAUUUCGUGUAACCCUAGAAGACUCGAACACAUGGAACCAAUUGAAUCAACAAAAAUUUGAUGUUAUUAUUGCAGAUGAAUACAAAGCUGCCGCAAGAGUUCUUGGUGCACAUUUCAAUGUACCUGUUAUUGCAUAUAUUAACUGGGGUCCAGUUUCUAUGGUAGGGGGUCUGUUGUACCCGAUUAACCCAUCGUACAUGCCAUUAGAUUUCAGUCCCAGGGCAACCAGUGAUAAAAUGGAUAUCUACCAGAGAUUUGACAAUUUGUGGGAAUACUUAAAGUAUAGUUACUACAACAAUAUUAUACUCGAGAAAAUGAAGAAAAUUUGUUUGAGUAAUGAGUAUAUUAAACCAGAGGCUUGUGAUAAUAUUUUGGAUUUUUACAAAACAGUAUCUCUUGUUCUGAUGAACCGUAAUGAUGUCCUUAACUACCCUGCACCAUUUAUGCCACAUAUGGUCUCCGUUGAGGGAUUCUUUCUAGAUAAACCAAAACCUCUGACUGGUAUCUAUAAAGAGAGUGUGGAAAAGUCCAAAGAGCAUGGUGUUAUUGUUGUUAGUUUUGGAUCGUUGUUCCGUAAACUGCCAAGUGAAACUGCAGAAAUAUUUGCAAAAGCAUUUGCAAGAAUGGAUCAGACUGUUAUCUGGAGUUAUGAAGGCCCUACACCAGAAGGACUUGGUAGCAAUACUGUUAUUCGCAAUUGGAUUCCUCAAAAUGACAUUUUGGCUCAUCCAUAUGUGAAGCUAUUUGUUCACCAAUGUGGUAUGUCAGGUACAUUCGAAACGUUGAACUAUGCAAUCCCAAACAUAGGCAUACCCUUUUGGGUUGACCAAUUUUACAACUGUGAAAAACUGGCGAAUCGUGUUGGAUCAGGAAAAUAUCUGAAUCUUAAAGGACUCACAAGUGCAGAGCUCAGAACAGCUAUGGAUGAAGUGAUCAGUAAUGCAACUUAUAAAAAGAAUGCUCAGAAGGCAGCUGAUAUUUAUCACAAUCAGCCCAUAGAUCCAAAGAAAAAGCUGUGUAUUGGAUAGAAUAUGUGAUACGUCAUAAAGGUGCACCACACCUAAGAUCUAAAGGCUUUCAGGAACUCAACUUUUUCCAGUACUUUCUCUUGGAUAUUAUUGGACUCUUUGUCCUUAUUGGAUGUUUUGUUCUUGGUAUUUUCAUUUUCACAAUCAAGCUAAUCGUUACAAAAUUGAUGUUUGGCUCAACUAAAGAGAAAUCUGAUUGAAAAGUACAAUAAACAGUUAAACCUGGAAAGUGGAACACCUCUGUAAGUGGAACACCUCUGUAAAUGAAACACUUUCCAGUCUCAAGACCAACUGACUUAAUGUGAAACCUCUAUAAGUGGAACACCUCUGUAAGUGGAACACCUCUGUAAAUGAAACACUUUCCAGUCUCAAGACCAACUGACUUAAUGUGAAACCUCUGUAAGUGGAACACCUCUGUAAGUGGAACACUUUCCAAUCUCAAGACCAACUGACUUAAUGUGAAACCUCUAUAAGUGGAACACCUUUUACCAAAUGUAUUCUACUUAGGCAGGUUUUGCUUUACUGAGAAAAUAUUUCCA